UUUAUAAAUUACUAAAAUAUAUUAAAUAUGUUUCAAAUAGUUUUAAUCACAUAUGUUUUAACUUAAUAAAAAAUGAUUACAGAUUCUAUCUCGUUUUCAUUUUCCUCAUUUAUCUAUUUUAGAGGUUGCAUAAGCUUGGGAAAAAAUUUUCAGCAAUGGCUGAACAUUUUAAACAUAUAAUUCUAUUAAUUAUUGCCAAAUAUAUUGUAUGGCAUAAGUAUCUUCUUGGUUGUGUUGAAUUAUUUUUCAAAUCAACUCUAGGUAUCAAAUUUUAUAAAGUGUCUUAUGAGAACUGGAAAUUAUCUUUAUCUAAAGAGGCUCAAGCUAUUCUAAGAAAUGAAGAUCACGUAAGAAAAGGCUUUCAGGUAUUGUUUAGUGAUUUACAAAAAAAUAGUGAAUUAAGCUCCGUUGGAUAUCGGAACAUUUUAAAAGACAUGACGAAUGGCUUAGAAAAUAAAGCCAGCAUAAGAACAGCCGUAAAAGCUGAUCCUAAGCUAGCAAAAACAAAAUUUAAAAGCCCCGUCAUAAUUUUAACUUUGGCAAGAACUGGCAGCACUUUUAUUAAUUGUCUGCUGGCUAAAGAUAAAAGAUGGAAAGCCCCGGAACUAUGGGAAUUACUCCGUACCACACCGAUAAGAGAAGAACCUUUAUCUAUAGAAAAUAAGGCCCUAUUGGAAACAUAUGAAACAUCAUUUGCAGUCCACAGGUUAGCGUCAAAUAAGAAUUUAUUUAAAAUUCAUUCUGUUGGACCAACCGAUCCGGACGAUUUUUUGGCCUUCCUAAUAGGUGAAGGACUCUACGUCCAAUCUCAAAGAAUUCUUAAAUUACCUAACUACUCCAAAUAUAUCAACGAUCUUUCACACGAUACUUUUGUCAAAAUUUACAAAAAUAUUAAAUUAAAUCUUAGUGUGUUAGCUGCUCAUCAAAAUAUGGAAAACAAGAGAUUUUUACUAAUUCAACAUUUAGGCCCAUCCGUAAAUGCUUUAGCUAUGCUAAAUGUUUUUCCAGAUGCACAACUAAUAACACUUCACAGAGAUUUAUGUAAAAUAAUUCCUUCAAUGACAUCACUGUAUUCCUAUCUGGGCGAGCAUUAUUUAAAGCCGCAUUACAACAACACCCAAGAAAUAUGCGAUCGUCUAACGGAAAGUUACGUAUCAUCAAUAGAAAAGAUGAUGAAAUGGAGAAACGAUCCUCUGAUAAAGAAGGCUCCUUUUAAAAGAGUUAUUGAUAUAAAUUUUGAGGAUUUAGUCAAAGAUUCAAAAAAAGUGAUUAGAGAAUUAUAUAGAGAUAUUAAAAUGGAAUAUAACGACGAAUGCAAUGAAAUAUUUGAGAAUUAUAUAAAUAAGCAGCAAGAUCAUAAACAUGGAAUUCACAAUUAUCAAAAAAUGUUAUUAGAUAAAGAAGCAAUUAGACAGAGAACUGAAGACUAUGUUAAAAAGUUUCAUGUUAAAAUAUACUAACGAACAAAUGUCGUAUAUCCAAUGAUACUCUAAUUAAUAUAAAAUAUUCCACUUUCAAUCAGUUGUAAUUUAUAUAUGGGUUAUCUGUGUUGUGUACUUUAUCUAUACUGUGUAUCAUUGCACAGCAUAUGCUUUGAGUUUAUCAUUCUAUUGUUCCGCUGACUAUCGUUGAAACUAAUACAAUACAAACGAAAAUUAAUCGGGU